AUGUCGCUACAAUCAUCUAGCUUAAAUCAGAAAAGUUCACGAGUAUAUUCAGUAGCAAGAGUGUACCAGGAUGCAUGUACACAGAGACCAGAGGAAUACUGGGACUAUGAACAAGCAGUGAAGAUAGACUGGGGUAAGAUUAGCAACUAUGAAAUCAUAAAUAAGAUAGGGCGCGGCAAAUACUCUGAAGUUUUCCUAGGAAAAAGCGUCGUCAAUGACCGUCGCUGCGUCAUUAAGGUAUUGAAACCCGUCAAAAUGAAGAAGAUCUACCGUGAGCUUAAGAUAUUAACUAACCUUACUGGGGGACCAAAUGUCAUCGGUCUGCUGGACAUUGUCCAGGAUCCUGGCUCCAAAAUCCCGGCCUUAAUCUUCGAAGAAGUAAAGAAUGUCGACUUUCGCACACUCUACCCUACCUUCACACUCUCAGAUAUCCAGUACUACUUCAUGCAGCUGUUAAUUGCACUAGACUACUCUCACUCUAUGGGAAUCAUGCACAGGGACGUUAAACCUCAAAAUGUCAUGAUUGACCCUACAGAGCGCAAACUCCGUCUAAUCGAUUGGGGUCUUGCUGAAUUCUACCAUCCAGGUGUCGACUAUAAUGUCCGAGUUGCCUCGCGUUAUCACAAAGGCCCCGAGCUGCUCGUAAACCUCAAUCAAUACGACUACUCACUAGACCUAUGGUCUGUCGGCUGCAUGCUUGCCGCCAUAGUUUUCAAGAAGGAGCCUUUCUUUAAAGGCAGUACUAACCCUGACCAACUAGUCAAGAUAGCCAAAGUCCUCGGCACAAAACAACUAUUUGCCUACUUAAAGCAUUACGGUCUUACGUUGCCUCAUGAAUAUGACAAUAUCAUGGGUGACUACGAAGCCAAGUCAUGGAGUCACUUUAUUACCAAUGAUACUCCUUUGGCAGUUUCAGAACUUGUUGAUUUAAUUGACAACUUGCUGCGUUACGAUCAUCAACAACGUUUAACGGCGAAAGAGGCAAUGGCGCACGAAUUCUUUAAUAAGCAAUAUAAUUAG